AUGAACGAAUACAGCGUAAUUGUAGAAAAUAAAACAGUUAUUGGAGAAAAAGAGCCCAAUCACUCGAAAGAAAAUCUCGAAAGAGAGUUUUUCCAUCUCUGCACCCAAGCCUGGUCUAGAUUACAGAGUGCCCUUUCAACUACCUCUGAAAAAUUCCAUAUUAUUAAUGAUGUUAGCCAAAGAGCAAUUGUCCUUAACUGGUUCAAUAGGGCAAUUGACUCUUUGGCCAACGAACGUCCAUUAAUUAUGGACAGUAUCAAUUAUCGACCUCGAAUAUACUUCGAG